AUGAUUUUUAAGCAAAUUUGUUUGUUUUUGUUAAGAAGAAAACAUGUCUGUUUUAAUCCUAAUUAUUCUUUAAAAUUAUCAUGUUUUUCUAGUUGGUCAACAUCUAAAAAAGAAGUAAAAACGCAGGAUUCUACUUCUUUAGAUAAGGUUUUAGAUAAAAAAAGGAUAGAGUUAUCUGAAAAAAAAGAAACAAAAGGAGAUUUUGGUAAUAAAGAUGAAGAAGCUAAUAUUUCAAAACCGGGUUUGGAAAAUAUACAAUCAUAUGUUUUUGAUGAAUUUAUUAAUAAAACAAUGCACCAAGAUUCUUUAGGCAUCAAGGAUGCGAUAUAUCAUUUUCAUGCUUUUUGUUCAAAUAAUAAUACAAUCAUUACAUUGACUAAUUCACAUUAUAAUCCUGUUAUUUGCAUUACAACUGGUAUGCUUGGAUUUAAAAAGUCACAGAGAGGAGGAUACGAAGCAGGAUACCAGGCAUGCGUGUCUAUGUUUGAAAGAAUGACACAAAAGGAUAUUCGUCCAACACAACUUGAAAUUAUUCUUCGAGGCUUUGGUAAAGGUAGAGAAGCAAUAUUUAAAUGUAUUAGUGGUAUAGAAGGUGCAUCUUUUAGACCAUUCAUAUCUCGUAUUACAGACGCAACGAGAUUAAAAUUUGGAGGAGUAAGAGGCAGAAAAGCUAGAAGGUUAUAG